GCUCCGUCCUAUUGGAUUCCUUCAACCCAGUCAGGACCAACUCGUGCUGACGGUCUUCUGUCCGGCCUCGCCUGGUCGGCCAACACCUCGACAGCCAUUCCGCAACUUGGCGGCCAGAGGCUAGUUUCUUCGUUGGUGCCAAGGCAACCACGUCGCCUGCCAACAGACGAUGUCUACUUUGCUGCUGUCGCCUGUCUGUCGCGUUGCCUUAGCGAGAUCGGCAAGAUCAUGUCUUUGCUGUUGCUCACUCGACUGCUAGCGUCGCCACGGCAACUGGCCUCUGUAGCUGCCCGUCGUGACUGUUUCCACGACCUGGCCCUCGGCCUAGGACAUGUAAUCGCCUACCUCGUGCGCAAAUACGCCGUGUCCGCCUCGCCUUCAGUCUAUAGGUCGGUCAGAGGAUCAGGUUGUUCCGUCGUCAGGCCAACGGUAGAGCCUGGCGCCCCGACGACCGAGGGUCAAAGUCGCGUGUUGGCGACAGAUCUGGUUCGACCGUGGAGCGAUCAGGUGAGCCGAUGA